CCGUAUCUGCCAUGCAAAGCGAGGGAGCUUUAUGAAGGAAUCCGUCUUGUAAAGCCAUUGGUCCUGGUCAUCAGCCUCUACCCAAUGCUUUCGUGAUGCUGCCGCUGAUCUAUUUGGGAAGUUGGCUGGCUGGCGAGGCAGAGCCUCUCCUCAAAGCUUGGCUCCCACGGAAAAUAUGCUCAGUGCAGCCGCGUGCAUGAAUGAAAACGCCGCCGGGCGCUUCUAGUCGGGCAAAAUGCAGCCGAGAACUCCGCUCGUCCUGUGCGUUCUGCUGUCCCAGGUGCUGCUGCUAACAUCUGCAGAAGAUUUGGACUGCACGCCCGGAUUCCAGCAGAAAGUGCUCCACAUUAAUCAGCCUGCUGAAUUCAUUGAGGACCAGCCAGUUCUAAACUUGACCUUCAGCGACUGUAAGGGCAACGACAAGCUGCGCUAUGAAGUCUCAAGCCCGUACUUCAAGGUGAACAGCGACGGUGGCUUAGUCUCCCUGAGAAAUGUCACCGCGGUGGGCAAGACCCUGUUUGUCCAUGCGCGGACUCCCCAUGCAGAGGACAUGGCAGAGCUCGUGAUUGUCGGAGGAAAGGAUGUCCAGGGCUCCUUGCAGGAUAUAUUCAAAUUUGCAAGAACUUCUCCUGUCCCAAGACAAAAGAGGUCCAUUGUGGUAUCGCCGAUUCUAAUUCCAGAGAAUCAGAGACAGCCCUUCCCAAGAGACGUUGGCAGGGUGGUCGACAGUGACAGACCUGAAGGGUCCAGGUUCAGGCUCACUGGAAAGGGAGUGGAUCAGGAGCCGAAAGGAAUCUUCCGAAUCAAUGAGAACACGGGUGUCGUCUCUGUGACACAGACCUUGGACAGGGAAACGACUGCCAUCUAUCAACUGUCUGUGGAGACCACUGAUGUCAGUGGCAGAACUCUGGAGGGGCCAGUGCCUCUGGACGUCAUCGUGAUUGACCAGAAUGACAACAGGCCCAUCUUCCGGGAAGGCCCCUAUGUGGGCCACGUCAUGGAAGGGUCCCCCACAGGGACCACUGUGAUGCGGGUGACAGCCUUCGAUGCGGAUGACCCAGCCACCGACAAUGCCCUCCUGAGGUAUAAUAUUCGUCAGCAGACGCCUGACAAGCCAUCUCCCAACAUGUUCUACAUCGAUCCUGAGAAAGGAGACAUUGUCACCGUGGUGUCACCUGUGCUGCUGGACCGGGAGACUCUGGAAAACCCCAAGUACGAGUUGAUCAUCGAAGCUCAAGAUAUGGCUGGUCUGGACGUGGGGUUAACAGGCACAGCAACGGCCACAAUAGUGAUUGACGACAAAAAUGACCACUCACCAAAAUUCACCAAGAAAGAGUUUCAAGCCACAGUGGAGGAAGGAGCUGUGGGGGUUAUUGUCAAUUUGACGGUGGAGGACAAGGACGACCCCACCACGGGCGCGUGGCGGGCAGCCUACACCAUCAUCAACGGCAACCCUGGGCAGAGCUUUGAAAUCCACACCAACCCACAGACCAAUGAGGGAAUGCUGUCCGUCGUCAAGCCCCUCGACUAUGAGAUUUCUGCCUUCCACACCCUGCUGAUCAAAGUGGAGAAUGAGGACCCGCUGGUGCCUGAUGUCUCCUAUGGCCCCAGCUCCACGGCGACUGUCCACAUCACCGUCCUGGAUGUCAACGAGGGCCCGGUCUUCUAUCCAGACCCCAUGAUGGUGACCAAGCGAGAGAACGUCUCAGUGGGCAGCGUGCUGCUGACCGUGAACGCCACGGACCCCGACUCCCUGCAGCACCAGACCAUCAGGUAUUCUGUUUACAAGGACCCAGCAGGCUGGCUGAAUAUUAACCCCAUCAAUGGGACAGUUGACACCACGGCUGUGCUAGACCGGGAGUCCCCCUUCGUCCACAAUAGCGUGUACACAGCCCUCUUCCUGGCGAUCGACAGUGGCAGCCCUCCUGCCACCGGCACGGGCACCUUGCUGAUAACCCUGGAAGAUGUGAACGACAACGCUCCCUUCAUCUACCCCACAGUAGCCGAGGUCUGCGAUGACGCCAAAAACCUGAGUGUGGUCAUCGUGGGGGCAUCGGACAAAGAUCUGCACCCAAACACGGAUCCCUUCAAGUUCGAAAUUCACAAACAAACCGUCCCUGACAAAGUUUGGAAGAUCACCAAGAUCAACAAUACACACGCGCUGGUGAGCCUUCUGCAGAACCUGAACAAAGCCAACUACAACCUGCCCAUCAUGGUGACAGAUUCAGGGAAGCCGCCCAUGACGAACGUCACGGACCUCAGGGUGCAGGUGUGCUCCUGCAAGAACUCCAGAGUGGACUGCAACGCCGCGGGCGCCCUGCGCAGCCGCCUCGCCUCGCUCCUGCUGCUCUCACUCCUCAGCUUAGUGUGUCUGUGAGAACUCCUGACAUCUGAAGCUUGACUCCCAAGUUUCCAUAGCAACGGGAAAAAAAGAAGAAAAA